AUGUUGCAGACCAUUGGAAUAGGACCAGAUCCAGUGGGCAAGGAUGAAUCAAGAGACUCAGCGGCAUGCCACCAUAUCAUUCAGCAAACCUUGAACCAUCUUAGCAUGACAGGACCCCUACUAGGAGACUCCAUAUCGCCCAAUAGGCGACGGGCGCUCUUUGAGACAACCAAGCGAGUACUUGCCAGUGCGAUAAACGAUGGCAUAGCCUGCGCAACCCUUGAGUCAUGUAACAGCCCGAGUCUGCUGUUGUGCUUACGCAGUCCCGGAGGAGCCAUGGCCAGUGAUGAAGACGCUUGGAUCAAGUGCGGUAUGCGAGCUGACGCAUAUGUCGAAACAGACGGCGGCAGGGUUGUUGGAUUUGUGCGGGCAGACGAUCUCCUUGGACCUGUGCUAACCCAAAACCUCAACGGCGAGAUAUCAGAGGAGCUUGACCCUGGUGUGAUUUGCGGUGUUAUCUGCCGCUGGCGUUCUCGCCAAGAUGAAAGUGACGCAGUAGAGAUACUUGUAAAGGAGUUAACCGUAUUGAAGCUACACCGAACGUGCCUUGCCCAACCACCCCUAGUUCCUAUCGCGCCCGAUGACAUCCCUUAUCUACUAGAGCCCGAACUAUCGUUCCUCUGCGUUCCAAAGUCAGACAUGAAAGUCUUCGGACCAUUCCAGUCACUUCUGGACCCACUCUUGAGAUCACUCGGGAUUCCUAAGCCCGAUGAUACAGUCAAUGAGAUCGUCGUACCGUGUUUCAGUCGCCAGCUCCCAUGUAUCACGCCCCUAUUCCCUAACGCACGCAUUCUAGGGACUGUCCAAAACCGCUGCCGAGCACAACUCUCUAUGCGGACGGUCUCUAUGACGCCGGACGUGGGCAGCUCUCCGUUACACAUAAAGCUAUCGCUGAACUGCCAAAUCACUUCUCGUCUGAGGACCAUUUCUCCCAAUGCUGCAGCCUUAGCAACUGCAGUGGGGAAUAUCCUAAGAGAUCUGCUUCCCCCGGAUUUAUGGAUCUUCGAAGAGGCAGCUUCCAUUACGGGUGCCCAGGAAGACUUUCAGAAAGCAUGCCAAUUAACAUGUAUUAUCCGAAAAAGUCCAGAACUGAGAGCGGCGGACAUCGGGGAGACACUCAUCCCAGUUGCGGGACUAAUGCAGAAGCCGUUGAACGAUUAUCGAACGUACAUGGAGAUUAUGUUUGGUCUUCAUAGCUUGAAGGAAAAGCAAACCUGGUUUAGAAAAUACCUUAUUAAAUUAUUCUCCCUCAUUCUCCCCCCUCUAGUCCGCCACGGAAUCCGCAUCGAAGCUCAUAGCCAGAAUGUCCUCGUCCGCGUCAACAUUACUAACAAGGAGAUAGCCGGGUUCGCUAUUCGUGACUUUGACGGGAUCCGAAUCCAUUAUCCUACGUUUCUUCGCCAUCCCGACAAUGAGAAUGCCCUCAACGACAUUCCCCCCGGUGCUCGCACUCUUACUGAUGAUUUACAUAGAAUGUGGCACGCGGUACAUCAUUCGCUCCUUCAGGCGCACGUGGGCCAUCUUUUAUACAUGUUGGGAUUAGAAUCGAAGGGUGGAUGGCGUGUUGUGCGUGAAGAGCUAGAAAGGGCUUUGAACCCUUCCAGAGAUCCAGAUGGUCGGCUACUGUACGACUUCUGGUUGAAGGAGACGAUGCUGUCCAGGUGUUUUCUGGAGAUGCGGUUGCGGGAUGCUUAUGCGAAGUUCUAUGAGAGGGAGUUGCCGAAUAUCCUCCUCCGAGAUGCUUGA